ACAUGGCUACCAAAGCUGCCCGUCUCGGCGAAGAGACCCGCGUUGACAAGGUCAAUGCCGAACUCGUCACCCUCACCUAUGGCACCAUCGUCGCUCAGCUGUGCAAAGACUACAACGCCGACUAUGCCCAGGUCAACAAGCAACUCGACAAGAUGGGAUACAACAUGGGCAUGCGCCUGAUUGAGGACUUCCUGGCAAAGUCAAACUCAGGUUCCUGCUCCAACCUGCGUGAGACGGCCGAGGUCAUCUCAAAGGUUGGCUUCAAAAUGUUCCUCAACAUUACUCCUGUUGUCACAAACUGGUCAUCCGACAACAAGUCCUUUACUCUCCUCUUUGACGAGAACCCCUUGGCCGACUUUGUCGAGUUGCCCGAUGACGGAAAGGCCCAGGACGAACUGUGGUAUUCCAACAUCUUCUGUGGUGUUCUGAGGGGUGCUCUGGAAAUGGUCAGUACGAGCCAUCUGUGUCGUCUGCUGUCGACUAAUCACCUCAGGNUUCAAAUGCAAGUCGAGACUCAAUUCAUGAGCGACGUUCUUCGUGGCAACGACACGACAGAAAUCCGCGUCACCUUGAUCCGAUACAUUGAGGACGAGAUGCCACCAGACGAUGAG